UCUGCCCUCCCACCAGCCUCACUCCACUUCCUGUCUCUCCCCCUCCGGCCAGUGGACUUUGACAGUCCUUCGGGCCUGAGCCUGGCCUGGGCAGUCGCGGGCUGUUGGGGGACACAGACAUGGAGGCGUGACGUCACGUACUCAGUGAAGGUGGGCAGUCCGUGGAUUGACCAGAGGGCACAGAACUUCUCCGAAGUCCUGGUGCUGAAGGUGAUCGUGAACAGCAGGUACCGGGCCCAGCGGUACUGGUCCUGGGUCGGCCGGGCCGACAACAUCGGCCUGCUCAAGCUCCAGGGCCCGCUACAGUACAGCAGUUACGUCUGGCCCGUCUGCCUGCCCGGCCCGGACCACGAGCUGAAGGACCGCUCCGUCUGCACCGUGACGGGCUGGGGGCUGCCCAAGGCGCACGACAAGUGGCCCCAGUCCUGGGCUAUUAUGGAGAAGGAGGUCACCGUCCUGCCCAACAAGGAGUGCGAAGACUUCUACCACAGGUUCUCCAAGGUCCCCUCCCUGGUCCGCAUCAUCAACCCUCAGAUGUUCUGUGCCCGGGACACCGACAGGGAGCGGUUCUGCUAUGAGGUCACCGGAGAGCCCUUGGUCUGCUCCUCCGAGGGCACGUGGUACCUGGCAGGCAUGGUGAGCUGGGGCGCCGGCUGCAAGCACAGCGAGGCCCCCCCCAUCUUCCUGCGAGUCUCCUCCUACCAAAGCUGGAUCUGGGAUCGCCUCAACGGGCAGCCCCGGGUCCUGCUGGCCCCGUCCCUGCUGCUGGCACCGUCGCUGUCCCUCAGCCUGCUGGCUGCACUGUGACACUCUGGUGCUGUCCCUGCAUGCCUGCCCUGGCCCGGGUCUCCCCGCCCCGUGCCUGCUCUGGGCAGGGCUGAGACCAGGCGUUUGAUUAAAGUCCUCUCCGUCUCA